AUGGAAUCUCCUACUUACGGCCUUUCAGUAAACAUCUACGGCCGUGGCGACGCCAAACUCGGCGAUGGCCCCUCCCACAUGGGAGUCGCCAUCUACAAACACGGCUCCUCAAACUGCGAAAUGCAUCAUAUACGCAACCCCACAGACGAAGACUUCGUUUACGAUCCCCGGCCACAGCCGAUCGAAGACCCGGUCCUUAAAGGACGCUGCGAACUUGCUUCUCUAUCUUCUGAGCAGAGCCAGCAAGCUGAUAGCCUGCUCUCUGCGUUUGGGAAGGAUGGAUCCAAUAUCCCCAAGUUCGGGGUUGGAAAUUGCCAAGACUGGGUUGCUGGUGCUGUUGGAAUGCUUGAGCAUACUGGUGUUGUUUCCUCUGGAGAAGGAAUAUUCUGGAAGAGUAUGAUUAACAGGAGUUCGGAGGAAAUGAAAAAUGAGUGUCUUCAAGCAGGCAAGACAUGGAUAGACGGUCCGGAAUCGACGUAUGAAGGGGAGCCUGAUGCAAAGUUUGUGGAUAAAGAACGAUAUACAGUGAAGCCUGUUGGGAAGUUGGCUCAGAAUGAGGUGUUUCGGGCACGAAUGCAAUCGCUUCUGGGCCCCAAGGGGAGUGGAGAGAGUGAUCGUGAUGAGACGCCCGUAGAACGGCCGUUUUAUGUAUCGAGUCCGUUUUUUAGUAAGAUGAAUGAGAGGAAUGAUUGA